AUGCGAAUACUGGAGACCAGCGGCAACCAAUCGCUCAGCGACCGCAUCCACCCCCCUGAGGUACCAUGGCUUCCAUCACAUCCACAUGACGAUCACCCUAAUGUGCGGUCGAUCGAUUUCCAAACUAUACUCUUUCUCGACCCUGGUUUGCUGCACCAUGGGCCGAUGGAAACGGUUCCUGCUUCCUCGCAUGCCCCGCCGCAUAUACUCCAUCUGCUUGGCGACUUGGAUGAAAUCCGCGUCAUUGCAGAGAGGUUCUUCGCCCAUAUUCACCAGUGGAUGCCAUUUGUUUCCAAAAGACGGUUCUACGAUUUCAAUGAAGCUUCUCAUGACCUUCCCCCCGCUGGUUCGCAGAGCCCGCGCACUGCCCUGUAUCACGCAACGAAACAGUUUUCUUUGCUCAUCGAAGACUGCUUAUCCAUCUUAGUCCUGCAGGCGGAGCUGUUGGUGGCUUUGUAUGAGCUCGGGCAUGGGAUAUAUCCAGCUGCAUUUCUGUCAAUCGGAGCGUGUGCGAGGUACGCUCAUGCUUUGGGGAUCAGUGUCAGUGGGAUAGUACCCACAAGGAGAGUGCUCACCCUGGUGGAAGUCGAGGAGCGGCGGCGAGCCUGGUGGGCCCUGGUGAUUUUAGACCGCUUCGUUAGUAUUGGCUGCCCAGGACGGCCUUUUGCGACUGCAGAUCUGAAAAUUGAUGAUAUGUUACCAGCUGAUGAUGCUGAGUGGGACGAAGGCAUUGUAAGACCGGACAGGCUGGCCGCUCUUUCGUAUCCAAUGACGGGGCAUAUGAGUAAAUUUGCGCUGGUGUGCCAGGCUGCUCGACUAUUAGGCCAGGUUAUCCACUGCCUCGCCCAUGACCCCGCUAGCCAAGAUGGCGUCUGGCAGCAACUUGACCGUACCCUGCAUUCAAUGCUCACUGCGGCCUUGAAUAUCGACUGCCCAGACUAUGAUCAAAUUACAUUCAUCUACAGUUCCCUUGUUGCUCUGUAUUCGCCCUGGAUCUCCAGUAACGCGAACGAGGAAUUUGAUAAUGGUUUCUCCCAGCGGGCCAGCACUAUUUUACAGCAGAUCACGGACAGAAUCAGCGCGAAUCUGAUCGAACGCCAGUGCUUUCUAGGCCGAGAUCCGGAAAACAUAUCUCCGUGGGGGCUUUACUUUGCGUAUCAAGUCUGUGGAGCACAUAUGAGGUCUGGAAGACCCACACAACAAAAGACCGAGGUGAUUAAGAGUCUACGUGAGGGCUUAGUAGCGAUCGAUGAGCGAUGGGGUGUAGCAGGUGUUUACCUGCAACUGCUAGAGGCACAAGAGGCAAUCCGCCAAGGAAUCUGA